CACAACGAAUUAGAAUCACCCUCCGCCGCUCACCCGCCGGCGGGGCGCGGCGGCAGACACGACAGAUCAGCACCGCCACCGUCUUCUUCACCUGGGUCCCACCUCCACCCCUCAAAUUUUCAUUUCCCCCUCCAUCUUUUCUUCAUUUCCCUCCAUUUGGCGAGCGAUCAAAAAACAGAGUGAUAAAGAAAAAGUUGUUUCCUUUUCCCUUUCUCUUCUUCUUCUGUGGGAUGUAAUUUGUUGUUUUGUUGUUUGUUUCUUCCUGUCUCUAUCUCUCCAUACCUCAUUUGACUCUCUCUCUCUCCCUCUCUCACUAUCCCAAAUGAUGUGUAUUCUCCCACCAACCACCAUUACUACUUCAUUGCUUUGCAUCACAGUGCAAAAGGCAUAAACUUUGUUGGGUUGGGUUGUGCCUCGCUGAAUCGAUCUUUCUUUUCGUUUCUCCCCCAUUUUGUUUUCCUUCUCCAUUACGCCUAUGACCUAUCCUUGCCCCCAUUUUUUUUCCACUGCCGAUAAAAGUGGGGGAAACUGGCUUGUGAACUAAUCUAUCCCAGCUGCCUGUAAAAAGGAGAAAGGAGGGGGGAAAAAGGGAACAACUUUUGUGUACUCAUUCUUGAUUGCUACGCGGGUUUGCUUGUUUGUGGUGCAAAGUUUGGAGCUUUACAACGAGCUGAAAUGACCCAUUGGAGCUGGAGGAGAUUGGUGCUUGUGGUUUUGAGAUUAAAGUGAAGCAAAUGGGCUUUUCUGGGUUCUUUCUGAGUUUUCUACGCCAUGAAUACUGGCGGAAGACUCAUUGCUGGUUCUCACAACAGGAAUGAGUUCAUUCUCAUCAAUGCCGAUGAGACUGCAAGAAUUCGAUCAGUGCAAGAAUUGAGUGGCCAAGUGUGCCAGAUAUGUGGUGAUGAGAUCGAGAUCACAGUGGACGGAGAGAUAUUCGUUGCAUGCAACGAAUGUGCUUUUCCCGUGUGCAGACAUUGUUACGAGUACGAGAGACGAGAGGGCAACCAGGCUUGUCCUCAGUGUAAAACCAGAUAUAAGCGUCUCAAAGGUAGUCCUAGGGUCGAUGGUGACGAGGAAGAAGAUGGUGUCGAUGAUCUGGAGCACGAAUUUGAUUAUGGGGGCUUUGACGGUUGGGGUCCAGAACAAGUUGCAGAAGCAAUGUUUGCUGCAAGACUCAAUACUGGUCGUGGGUCCCACCUUAACGAUGCCUCUGGAGUUUCUGCACAAUCAGAACUCGAUGCUUCACCCCUAGACUCUACAAUUCCUCUGCUCACCUAUCGCAAUGAGGAUGUUUAUAUCACUCCUGAUGAUCAUGCUCUUAUUGUUUCCCCUCGGUCGAGUCAUGGAAAUAGAGUUCAUCCGAUGCCUUUUCCAGAUCCAUCAACACCACUGCAACCCAGACCUAUGGUUCCACAGAAGGACAUAGCUGUAUAUGGCUAUGGAAGUGUCGCGUGGAAGGAUAGAAUGGAAGAGUGGAAGAGAAGGCAAAGCGACAGACUUCAGGUGGUCAAGCAUGGGGGAGGAAAUGUUGGUGGAAAACUUCAAUAGUGAUGAACUUGAUGACCCUGAUUUGCCCAUGUGAGUUUCUUUCACUGCAUUACCUACGAGCAAAUUCUUACUCAGGUCGGAAGGAUUAUAUGAUGGCAUUAGCUAGUUUCCUUCUUCUGGUUCUUAUUAUGUUCAUGUGUCACCACAUCGGAAACAUAACAACAAAAGCUAAAAGAGGAAGCAAAAGUGCUUUGGUUGAGUUUUGGCUCUAGUUUUGUGUUUUAACUGUCUUGAUACCAAAUUUAGUGCUUAAUGUGGUUCGUAAGCAAUUUGAGAGACUAGAUUGGCGUUUAGACCGGUCUUGGUCUAGGGAGAAGGAGUGUUAGGUAUUGAUUUGGUUAAUGAUCAGUUUUCUUGGUAUAUAUUGUCAGGAUGGACGAGGGCAGGCAGCCGCUUUCGAGGAAGUUACCUGUUCCUUCAAGCAAGAUAAACCCAUAUAGACUUGUGAUUAUCAUCCGUCUCGUGAUCGUGGGGCUGUUCUUCCACUACAGAAUUCUUCACCCCGUCAAAGAUGCAUUUGGAUUGUGGCUAACAUCGGUCAUAUGUGAAAUAUGGUUUGCCUUAUCAUGGAUUCUUGACCAGUUCCCAAAAAUGUACCCCAUAGAACGAGAAACAUACCUCGAUCGACUGUCACUAAGGUAGCUUGGAACUGCUAUUAUCUCCUCCUACUUUCACAUUUCUUCUUGAAAGAUGUUGACUUCACCAUUUCAUUCUUUGCCAGGUAUGAAAAAGAAGGCAAACCAUCAGAGCUAGCUAGCAUAGAUGUAUUUGUUAGCACGAUGGACCCCAUGAAAGAACCCCCAUUAAUAACUGCGAAUACCGUUCUCUCUAUUCUUGCUGUGGACUACCCUGUUGAUAAGGUCUCUUGUUAUGUCUCUGACGAUGGUGCCGCUAUGCUCACCUUUGAAGCUCUCUCGGAGACAUCUGAAUUCGCUAGGAAAUGGGUUCCUUUCUGUAAGAAGUUCAAUAUAGAGCCCCGAGCACCUGAGUGGUACUUCUCCCAGAAGAUUGAUUACUUGAAGAAUAAGGUCCAUCCCUCAUUCGUUAGGGAAUGACGUGCUAUGAAGGUUACUUAGUGUUACUUUUUCCUUUCAGCUAUGUAUGAUCAAAUGUAGUGUGCAAGUCUCAUGGGUUAUAACACUUUCUACUCCCUUUGCUGGAAAAUGCAGAGGGAUUACAAAGAGUUUAAAGUUAGGAUCAAUGGAUUGGUUUCGACAGCACAAAAGGUUCCGGAAGAUGGUUGGACAAUGCAAGAUGGAACUCCAUGGCCUGGCAACAAUGUGCGGGAUCAUCCUGGCAUGAUUCAGGUGAGUUGAUUUUUUAUUUUGGCCCGAGCCAAUAGCUAAAUGAAAACCUGACAUCUAGCAUCCUUAUUCGGUCCUCUACUUUGGCUUGCUCUUGAGAAAAUCUAUUUUUUUUUCUUUUCUCAUCUUCAUGCACCAAAUAGCCCCUUGGUUCAUCCAAGCUCUGAGUUCCAAGGAACCAAACGAGAAAAAGGGUUUCAAAAGGUGCUAUAUCAACGGAUUUCCGUGGCAGAGGAAUUGAUAAGCCCCUCCCGCGCAUUUUGUUAAUAGCAUUUUUGCGAAGUCGCGCAAUGGGGUCUCCUUUGCUACAAGCCAAUGGCUGUCCUGUUUACAGAUACUCAUUUUGAGUCCAAGUUUUCGUGUUCAGGAAAAAAAGCUUCUUGCUUCUUGAAGAAGAGAUUGUUUUUUAUCUGAGAACUUUUUCAUGUGGAUAUCAUAUUUCAUAUUGGUCUUUGAAGUUCUCUGAUCUUGUUGCCGUUCCUUCAUAGUUACAGUUUUUUUCUUUCUUAUUUUUACAAGUAAAAUCUGCAUUUUCAUUCUCGAACUGGAGCAUUCCAGAUUAGUUAUAGCUUCAGAGAGGCUAUCGUCUGGUAUUUGGUCCCUACAUUGGCUUAUUCACUUUUAGCCUCUCCGUUGGAAGUUUCUUUCCUAUUCAUUACUAGUGAUGUCUAUCCAUGCUUGGUAAGCACGGCCUCGAUAACUCACUCGCUAUCUUUGCUCCUCAAUUUAGAAGCUCUAACAUGACGGAAGCAUCAUAGAUAACAUAAAAAGAGACAGUGCAGGCUUUAGGAGGAGAAUCGAGGUGGCCAAAUUUUUUUCGAGCGUAUAGGACAGUGCGAGCCAGCGUAGUGUAUAUGUGUUUGUUAAAAAUCAUUGAAUAAUAUGAACUUGUUUUU